UAUUACUACUACUUCUGUUAUAACUACUGCUACAACUUUUACCACUGCUUCUACUACCAUUGCUACUGCUAGCAUUGUUAUUACUGCCAUUGCUACUGCUAGCAUUGUUAUUACUACUGUAAUAUUUUUCUGUGAUAUUAGAUGUUUCCACUGCCACCACCUCUGUUUAUCCGGUCUGGUCUGGUUUCAGAGGCAAAGGAGUACUCACCACAACCCAUUUAAAAUAACUGAAUACAAAAGUUUAUUUAGAAAUAACAAAACCAAUGUCUAAUAUAAGGGCUGGGCUGGCGGAUCAGAAGAAGGCUAUGCAGCAGGUUAGGCAGCUCCUUCGCUGUCCCAUACACCAACUCUGCACACAAAAGGAAAGCAGGUCACAUACCCUCAAAGAGGCACGGCACACAAGGCUUUCUGCCAGCAGCACACUGCAAAUCAGGGGAUUCACUCCCACACCACCCCAAGAAGAACCACUACAACCAUAAACAAGCAAAUAAAACAACUCUCAACUAGGGGGAAGCAAAGCGCUGUCCAUCCUGUUUAGCUGCCUCUUUUGAAUGCUCGCCGACUCAGACGAUGUCAAUUAAUAAAUCCUAAAAAGAGUCAAAAGAAUCAAAAUACAUCAUUUGGAUAUCCAAUGGACUAACAAACAUAAAAAUGAGGUAUGGUUAAAAGAAUCAGACUUAUCCUCCCUGGUCUGACGACAAGACCCCUCCGUGGGGUCUAGAUACUAGGAUUCCCCACAGGACAGGAAGGUGUCAUCAACUCUAAGGUCGGGUCGGACACGUCGGCAGCAGGCUGGGCGGGGUCUCGUGCAGCUGUAGUUACCAGGAUGUUACAGGGAGCUUAGGCCCACAGGCAAGGCACACUCUAACCCCGGGUCCCUAUUGCUGUCUAAAGGAGGCACCUAGCCUCCCCUCCUAGCCAGCAUUACAAAGCUCCCCUGCUCAACUGUCUUCGCUGCCGGCAGCACUAUAAGCUGCAAACGGCACCCACCCGCCAUGGUGCACUUCUCCAGCUCCAGUUGACAGUCAACAAGCUUCUCUCCAGUUUGCUGCACCCGCUUCCAGCCUUCUUCCCUCACCUCUCAUUUAUCACCUCUCAUUACACCUUGUUGAGUUCAAUUACUCCCCCAACAGGUGGAUCACAUUAGUCAUCAAGUGUCCACGCCACCCACACUACACUACAAUUGCUACUGCUAACAUUGUUGUUACUACCAUUGCUAUUGUUAACAUUGUUGUUACUACCAUUGCUACUGCUAACAUUGUUGUUACUACCAUUGCUACUGCCAACAUUAUUAUUACUACCAUUGCUACUGCCAGCAUUGUUAUUACUGCCAUUGCUACUGCUAACAUUGUUAUUGCUACCAUUGCUACUGCUAGCAUUGUUAUUACUACCAUUGCUACUGCUAGCAUUGUUAUUGCUACCAUUGCUACUUCUAACAUUGUUAUUGCUACCAUUGCUACUGCUAACAUUGUUAUUGCUACCAUUGCUACUGCUAGCAUUGUUAUUACUACCAUUGCUACUUCUAACAUUGUUAUUGCUACCAUUGCUACUGCUAACAUUGUUAUUGCUACCAUUGCUACUGCUAGCAUUGUUAUUACUACCAUUGCUACUUCUAACAUUGUUAUUGCUACCAUUGCUACUGCUAACAUUGUUGUUACUACCACUGCUACUGCUAACAUUGUCAUUCCUACCAUUGGAAUGGCGAUCAUUGCUGCUAUUACCAUUGCUACUGCUAACACUGUUGUUACUACCAUUGCUACCGCUAACAUUGUUGUUUCUACCAUAGCUACUGCUAACAUUAUUGUUAAUAUCAUUGCUACUGCUAACAUUAUUAUUACUACCAUUGCUACUGCUAGCAUUGUUAUUGCUACCAUUGCUACUGCUAACAUUAUUAUCACUACCAUUGCUACUGCUAGCAUUGUUAUUGCUACCAUUGCUACUGCUAGCAUUGUUAUUGCUACCAUUGCUACUUCUUACAUUGUUAUUGCUACCAUUGCUACUGCUAACAUUGUUAUUGCUACCAUUGCUACUGCUAACAUUGUUAUUACUACCAUUGCUACUUCUAACAUUGUUAUUGCUACCAUUGCAACUGCUAACAUUGUUGUUACUACCACUGCUACUGCUAACAUUGUCAUUCCUACCAUUGGAAUGGCGAUCAUUGCUGCUAUUACCAUUGCUACUGCUAACACUGUUGUUACUACCAUUGCUAAUGCCAAAAUUCCUGUAACUACCAUUGCUACUGCUAACAUUGCUGAUAUUACCAUUGCUACUGCUAACAUUGCUGAUACUACUAUUGCUACUGCUACAAGUGGCGAUACUGCUAUUUUUACUGCUAACAUUGCUGCUACUGCCUUUGCUACUGCUAACAGUGUUGUUACUACCAUUGCUACUACUAAAAUUGCUGAUACUUCCAUUGCUAAUUCUAAUAUUACUGAUACUACAAUUGCUACUGCUAACAUUGUUGUUACUACCACUGCAACUGCUAGCAUUGUCAUUUCUACCAUUGGUAUGGCGAUCAUUGCUGCUAUUACCAUUGCUACAGCUAAGACUAUUAACAUUGGUGCUACUACCAGUGCUAAUGCCAAAAUUCUUGUAAUUACCAUUGCUACUGCAAGCAUUUCUGAUACUACAAUUGCUACUGCUAACAUAUUUCUUACUGCCAUUGCUAAUGCAAACAUUAGUAUUACUACCAUUGCUACUGCUUACAUUGUUGUUAUUUCCAUUGCUACUGCUAACAUAUUUGUUACUACCAUUGCUACUGCUAACAUUGUUGUUACUACCAUUGCUACUGCUAACAUAUUUGUUACUACCAUUGCUACUGCUAACAUUGUUGUUACUACCAUUGCUACUGCUAACAUAUUUGUUACUACCAUUGCUACUGCUAACACUGUUGUUACUACCAUUGUUACUGCUAACAUAUUUGUUACUACCAUUGUUACUGCUAACAUUGCUGCUACAAUCAUUGUUGCUACUGUCAUUGUUGCUAAGCUGCUGCGGAAGUUUUUUGCUGGUGUCAAAUUAUCAUGAUGAUAAAUGUACCAUUAUUAUCCAACUGAAAUUCCUGUG